CUACGUCCUUUUACAGAGCGGAGUCCAAAACUCCAAUGGACGAUUAAAUAGGGCUUCUUGCCAUUAUCCUAUUUAUACUGGUAGUGGCGACUGAUUGCCCUCUUGCUCACUCCAUUCCUUCUGUCUCACUCCAGACAAUUCCACAUACAGACACUUUCAGCAGGUCCAAAGAAGGCGAGAACAACCAGCAUGUCUCCAAGCAAGCGGGGCAAGCGAAGGGGGAAGGAGAAGAAGGAAGACGACUCCACGGGAGCCUCGCAGGCUACCUCGUCACAGGUUUCGAAUCAGCAAGGAAACCCUCGGGGAACGGGUUCUGACGACUCGAAGGACUCGGACGCUUACAUCUUUGAGCUGAUGGCCAAAAAGCCCAAACUCGCCGAUCUCGCCAUGAGACUGGCAUUGACCUUGAGCAGCGAUGAAAUAUCUGACCUUACCAACUCUGGCAAAGCAGAUUACAUAGACCGGCUUGGAGUUUCUCUCAAGCACGUUAGCAAGCGAGUGGAGACCAAUCUUUUAGACGGGACCGAGGAUCCAUUCCUGCAGAGCAACUAUUAUCACCUGACCGAGGAACUCCUAGCCGCGCAGAGGACCGACUUGCACGAUCAUGACCAAGUUGUCACAUUAUUGAUGAACCGAGAUGCUGCUGGUAAACAGCUGCUCAGAACCUUUUACGAAAUUGCACCACGAGCAGAUCCUCUGUCCGUAAAACGACAAGCUACCUUCUUGCGAGCUAUCGGUCAACAGAUCAGUGAGGCCGACCUCGACGCGACGAGGCAGCGGUACGCUCGUGAGACGAGAUCUGAAGCUCCUGACAGCACGAAGGCGGGUUCAGCAGAAGAAUCUCAAGGCGGCGAACGAGUUUCAGACGCGACCGAACGAUCUGUUGAGGGAGACCCAGCAAAAGCUACAUUGGCCGCGUCUCUCGGCAGUCUUAGUCUAGGAUCUAGCGAGAAUCAGGCAACGUCCUCGCUUCGCCUCAUGCAGAGCAAACUCGAGGAACACCAGUCCUGGCUCGAAUCCUUUAAAGAUGAGCAGUGA